AUGUGGUCCAAAUCACCAUCACCGGCUGUGCUGGCGACAGUCGUCGCAGCCCUCCUGGGCCAAGCUUCUGAUGCGGCAGCUCCUUCAGGCGACCCAUUCAAGGUAAUUGACCCUCAACAUUGGGUCAAUCCUGAUAACAUGACAUGGGCCGAUUUCAAAGCUCCUCCUGGGACCAAAUGGAACGACCCUUCCAAGAAGGGCCAGGCACGAAACUUCAACAUUGCGCUCGUCACCAUUGACUACAACGACAUGAACUUCACCAUCACAGGGCCUCCAAACUCGACGAUUUUCGGCACGCCAACCGCCGAAGCCGCAAAUAUUCCUCGCAAGGAUGUGCCUGCUUGGUACCGUGAUUUCCUCAACAAGCCGGGGGACCUCAACCGGGGUCAUACCCUCCAUGAGUACUGGAUGGAAGAUUCUCAUGGCCGAUACGGCGUGGAUCUGACAUCCUUUGGACCAUACCGAAUGCCAUCCCUAUCGUGGCAGUAUGGUAUCGACAACCGUUUUAAUCCAGGGGCGUGCCCACCUGGCACGCGGUGCUCACUUGAUAUUCGGGGUGAUGCGCUCAAUCUCUGGAAAAAUGAGGUUGGAAACGAUACGGCUAGCAAGUUUGAGCUCGUAUUCCUUCUCUCAGCUGGACAAGAUGAAUCAUCCACAUGGCAAGAGUUCGGAGAAAUGAAGUUCAAUAGCAAAGAAGACGUUCCAGAUUCAUUUGGCCCACCAAAGAACGUUGGAAAUGCCACAUUACCAAACUACGCCACAACAAGAUAUGUCCCUUGGACAUCAUGGGCUGCAGCAUCUGCCUUCUGGCCCAACGCAGGUGGUGGUUCGUCUGUGCAGUGUGAAAGCUCAGGCAUGGCUACUUUUGCCCAUGAACUAAGCCACUUGUUAAAUAUUGCCGACAACUACAACAACCCCUACGGUACGCCUCUCCGACGUGCAUUCACUGGCCCAUGGUCCAUGUUAUCGAGAGGUUCCUUCAACGGCCCUGGUGGUCCUCAUACCAGAUGGCAAGUUCCUCCCGUGCAAGGGGCAUCAAUGGGAUCACUACACACCGUACGCGACAAGCUCCAAAUCGGGCUCAUUGACGAAAGCAGCAUUGUCAGAAUCCCGAGAAAAAACCUCCGGACAACGGGCCCUCUGGUCACAACCAUCACCGCAAGAUCAGUGGUUUCAGACCGCAUUGGCGUACGCAUCCUCCUCGACAAAGACAUGUCUCCCAAAUGCGACGUCAACACCGAUUUAUACUGCGACGGAGGUGGCUACAACAACUACGAGAUGGAAGUAGUCGACAGAAUGGGUGCGGACUCAUUCCAGGGUGACGCCGGUGUCAUGAUCAGCAAGACCAAAAAUGAAGACGACCAGCCCUUCCAAUGGACUAUUGACGCAAAUCCUCAAGACAUCAAAUUAAGAGACUUUAUUCGUCCCAAUGGAACCGAGGCAAUGAUCACCAUGGGCGACUACAGGCAACUUCUGGACGCGCUCUUCCACGCUGGCACACGCUCUGGCAGCAAGCCCGAGUACAAAGACGAGCCGAAUGGCCUUCAUUUCUAUGUCCUCGAGAAAAUGCGUGACGAGUCUGGUGUUUUGUCUUAUACCGUCGGGGCGCGGGCUCUGAACAGCACCAACAAGAGCAAGUUUAGCGUCAAGUUGAGCGAGGGUCGUCCCGAGUCCGGUGGCAAUAGCCCGACCAGCAAGGGUAUCUUUUGCUCUUUUGACCUCACCAAUGACGGGAAAUACACCAAGGGCUGUGGGAAUACGCCUGUGUUGGACAAGAAUUUAGGCUACGACAUUUAUAGGCUCGAGGCGCAGGUCAAGGGCAAAGGGUGGCGCACUGAGGUUCCCAAUGCGCUUGUGGCCGCAAAAUUUGGAGAAAAAAUCCAAGUUAAUAUUGCGGUUGGCGCAACAUCGAACGCGGACGAUGUUGGAGUGGUCACAAUGACGGCGAUCUCGGAGUCUGAUCCAAAAGCAAGGACGACUGCAACGUGCGAGGUGCGUAAAGCCUGA